AUGGGAAUUGGUGGCCUAAAUUCAGAAAUUAGUAUGAUAUUUCGUUAUGCUUUUGCUUCUAGAAUUUACCCUCAUAAAAAUAUUUGGAGAAAAAUAUUUGGUUUAUUUGAAGAUUGUACAAAGGAAGAUGCUAUAUGUAAACAACAUGGUUUUGGUAGUAGAGCUGGUGUCAGUGAUAGUGUUGCCAUACUUCAUCCUGGUCAUUUGGAAGUUCAUAUGGAAAUUGGCUUACCAGAUGAACAAGAAAGAUUACAAAUAUUGAAAAUUCAUACUUCAAAGACAAAAAUAAAUGAUAUUUCGGAUAAAGAUGUUGAUCUUGAGGAAUUAGCUAGAACACUUGCAGGAGUGAUGCCAGAUGUUGAAGAUAUGAAACCUGAUUUUAAAUUUGAGGAUAUGGGAAUUGGUGGCCUAAAUUCAGAAAUUAGUAUGAUAUUUCGUUAUGCUUUUGCUUCUAGAAUUUACCCUCAUAGUUUAGUAGAAAAAUUAGGAAUCUAA